AUGGUUCACAUUGAGCGCCGCGGGCCAGAUGUCGCCGGCGACGGCGAUAAGUGGCCGAUCCGAAAGGUCACUCCUGGCCUGAUGACUUUGAUCAGGCAGACGAGGAUGGGAGAGCUUCUUGACUUCCCGCCCGAUACAUAUCUCCUCGUGCCGACGGGCACAGGAAGAUAUUACAGGGACACGGUGGUCACCGGGGCUCCUCCAAUGGUGUGGAACCACCAAAGCCGGGAUUUUCUCAUGCAAGAGAAUCUCCCACAUCUUCACGAGUCUCCUUUGGCUAAUUGCCUGACCGUGUUUACUGUGCCAGAUAGAGGGCAUGCGGAGCGGGAGGCCACUGAACGCCAGGCUGCUGCUCGCCGGGCUGCUUCUCGUAGGGCAACCAAUCAACGGGCUCUUCAACGGGCUCGUGCACGCCAGGCCGUCGCCGCUGCUCCUUUUCUCUCUGUUCCUCUCGCCGCUGCCUCUCCUGCGGCUACCUCUCCUGCGGCUGUUCCUUUUGUCGCUGCCCCUCUCGUCGCUGCUCCUCUCGCAGUUGUCUAUCCUGCCGCUGCCCCUCUUGUCCCUGCUCCCGUUGCCGCUGCUCUUGGUGUACCCGCUCUUGUAGCUCCCGCAGGUGGUGCACCAAACAGCCAUGAUCAAGUUGGCAAUGAUGAGCCUGUCGAGGGCAGCCGGGCGUGGUGGGAUUCAUUCCUUACCAGCAAAGUCACGAGUGAGUGGUGGGAGGAGGAGGAUAGGGCAGAGGCAGAGAGGCAGAGUAUCCCAAUCAUAUUCCUAGAUUGA